CGCGGGCGGUGGGCCAGAGCCGAGGCGGCGGGGCUGUGUAGCGGGGCUGGGUCUGGGCUGCGGCCGGUCAGAGCACCUGGCCCAGCGUCGGCGGCUCCGGGGCGGGGGCGCCAGCGGCGAAGCCCCCUCCCCGGGGAGGCGGGGUCGGAACAAGGCCGGGGAAUCAUGCAUCAGAAGCUGCUGAAGAGCGCGCAUUACAUCGAGCUGGGCAGCUACCAGUACUGGCCGGUCCUGGUGCCCCGCGGCAUUCGCCUCUACACCUACGAACAGAUCCCGGUGUCCCUCAAAGAUAACCCGUACAUCACCGACGGCUACCGGGCCUACCUGCCUUCCAGGCUGUGUCUCAAAAGUCUGUUUAUUUUAUCCAAUGAGACGGUAAACAUCUGGAGUCAUCUGCUGGGUUUUUUCCUCUUCUUCACCCUGGGAAUAUAUGACAUGACAUCCGUGCUGCCGUCGGCAAGUGCGUCCCGAGAAGAUUUUGUAAUUUGCUCCAUUUGUCUUUUCUGCUUCCAGGUCUGUAUGCUUUGCUCAGUGGGCUAUCAUCUCUUUUCCUGUCAUCGGUCAGAGAAAACUUGUCGAAGAUGGAUGGCAUUGGAUUAUGCAGGCAUUUCUAUUGGAAUACUGGGCUGCUAUGUCUCGGGAGUAUUUUACGCCUUUUACUGUAACAAUUAUUGGCGUCAAGUAUACUUGAUCACCGUGCUUGCAAUGAUCUUGGCAGUGUUCUUCGCACAGAUUCAUCCCAAUUACCUCACACAACAGUGGCAGAGGCUCCGCCCUAUCAUCUUUUGUUCAGUUUCGGGCUAUGGAGUGAUCCCAACUCUUCACUGGGUCUGGCUCAAUGGAGGAAUCAGUGCUCCUAUUGUCCAGGACUUUGCACCCCGAGUAAUUGUGAUGUAUGUGAUUGCUCUUCUUGCUUUCCUCUUCUACAUUUCCAAAGUUCCAGAACGGUACUUUCCAGGACAGCUAAACUACCUCGGAUCAAGCCACCAGAUCUGGCAUAUCCUUGCGGUAGUGAUGUUAUACUGGUGGCACCAGUCAACGGUGUACGUCAUGCAGUACAGGCACAGCAAGCCUUGCCCUGACUAUGUUUCGCACCUGUAAAUUCAGGAGUUAUUGCCGAGUCCACCUGGAGUAUCUACUGUUUAGAAGGAAACGGAGCAGCACCAAAUGGGUCUAAUUCGACUGGCUGGGGCUGUUGGGACUCACGUGGCGCGAUGCUUUGCACCACAAGUUCUGUAAAGGGCACGGCACCGAAGUCAUCCAUUCUCAACGCGUCUACACUAUGGAAUGACCCGUGUACUGAAUUCUGUCUUGGCCUCCCAGGCAAGAUGGUAUUAUGAUCAACACAGAUGUCGCUUAGGCCCUGAUGGGGCUGGUGCCACGAUAACUCUGGAGGAUGGAAAGGCUUGGCACCAAAGGGGUCCAGCAGACUCUCCUCGGGUUGCAGGGCGCUGCUCCUGUCUUUGCCAUCAGUCAGUGCAACGCUGAUGUUCUCCUUGGAGUCGGAAAUGGUUAAAAACUCACUGCUGCUUUGUGAGUCUCUGCGGCCCACCUUCUUGUGUCUACGGACCCUCUCGGGGGUGCGGUAGGGGGGCUUCAGCGUCUUCUUUGCGCUGGUGGGUGUGCCGUGGUGGCGCUUCCCAUUGCUUUUGGACAGGUCCUGCUUUGUUCGCCUCUGGCGAGAGGACAGUUUCUGCAAGCUGCGCUGUUUGACUUUUUGCUGCUGACUCCCAGUUAUUUCCUCAAAGGGCACAAGCCCAAAAACGUCCUCCCUGCUUUCACUUCUACUCGCCGACGUGGAAAAUGGCUGAAAGGGAGUGGAGCCAAAUAUAUCUACACUUCUGGGCCGUGCAGGCAGAGGCCGCGUGUCGUCCCCCGCUGCGGGCCAGUCCUGUACGGUCACCUUCUUGUUGAAGGGGGCCUUUGUGAACACGUCAAAGUCCUCCUGCUCUGGAAAUGUCUGCCGGGGGAGGUUCUGCGCAUCCCCUCUGAGCUGUGGCUGUGGAGUGCGCACUGCAAAGGGCACGGCACCGAACACAUCAAACUCCUGGCCAGAAGUCAGCGCAUUAGCGGGUGAAUGGGCAGGGGAGAGGAGUGCAGGGUUAGCGGCUGGGCUCCGCCCACCACCAGGUUGGCCUCUGCACUUGGCCUUAGCCUGUUCAUACUCCGAGUCAGAGCUGUGCUUGUCCUCCUCUUCCUCAUCUU